UAUUAGAUACAAUAUAAUAUAAGUUUGUGUGUUGACAACGGAAAUGACUAAAACUAUCUAUAUAAGAGAAAAAUUACAAACCCAUUCAUUACAACUACUACAACAGUCUUCAAAGGUUUUUAAUAGAUUUCAACUGGUUAUAUACUUCUAGUUCACCACCAACCUUUAACAUGGAUCGAAAAACAUUGUCUUCCUCUCAAGAUGGAACCGACUCUUUCAUCAAGAAACGAACUACCGUCAUCAACCGAGGACGACCAUCAAGUGGAUCCUAUGGAUUCAACAGGUCCUCAUCAUCUGGCAUGGGUGGCAUGGGUUUUGGUGGCAUUGCAUUAGCUUCCGGUACAUAUGCUAAAUUGUCCCAAGACGGUGUAACUGAUAUGAAAGGAAAGAGAGAAAGUGAAAAGAAAGAGUUGCAGACUCUCAAUGAGCGACUUGGUAGUUAUAUUGAGAAGGUACGGUUCCUGGAAGCUUUGAAUACUCAACUGGAAGAGGAGCUGGAGAUUUACAGGAACCAGAAAGCAGUAGAUUUUAAACCAGUGAAAGCUAUGUAUGAAUCUGAACUGGAACAAGCCAGAAAAGUUAUAGAUGAAUUAUCAGCAGAGAAAGGUGUAGGUGAUGCUAAAAUUGCUGGUUUCCAAGAUCUUGUGGAUUCUUUAAAACAGGAAUUAGCCACUCUAGAAGGACACAAUGCAGACUACAGACAACAAAUUGAAUCCCAAACAUCAGAAAUAGGAGGAUACGAGGGAGAAUUAGCAACGCUUAGACUCCGAAUUCAAAAUUUGGAAAAUGAAAAUGAUAAACUUCGACAGAUAAACACUCAGAGAACAGAAGAGAAUGCCAGACUUCGAGCUGAUUUAGACAAUGAAACUGCUGCCCAUAUCGAUGCUGAUUGUAGAGCUACCACUCUAGAGGAGGAAGUAGAAUUCUUAAGAGCUCUUCUCGAUAAGAUGCCAUCAGAGCCGAAACAAGCCAUCAAAAUCAAAGGUCUGGAUGUACAGGAAUUCUGGCAAAAUAACCUUUCUAAAGCUAUCAGAGAUAUACAGAAUGAAUAUGACACUAAAUUAGAUCUGAUGAGGCAAGAUUGUGAAACCAGAUUUGCAGCACAGAUGAGACAGGUUCAAUCUGGUGCAGUCAGAGAUAAUAUGGAGAAUAAACAGGCUAAAGAAGUCUCCAAAAAACUUCAAUCUCAGUUACAAGGUUCGUCAUCUAAAGUAGCUGAAAUGGAAGCCAAGAAUGGUGCUUUACAAGCGGAAAUGUCUCAGUUGAGAAACAUGAUUCAGGGUCUUGAAACAGAAUUAGAAUCUGAAAAAUCUGAACACAUGGCCAGUAAAUCUCGACUCCAGGCUGAACUAGAGGCGUGUGUUGAAGAACUAAGACUGAUUAUGGAUGCCAAACUAUCAUUAGAAUUAGAAAUAUCAUGUUAUAGAAAAUUACUGGAGGGUGAAGAGAACAGGUUA